AUGGCUCGUACUAAACAGACCUCUCGUAAGUCUACCGGAGGGAAAGCUCCUAGGAAGCAACUCGCCUACAAGGUUGCAAGGAAAUCAGCACCGAUGACUGGUGGAGUCAAGAAGCCACAUCGUUAUCGUCCUGGAACUGUUGCUCUUCGUGAGAUAAGGAAAUACCAGAAGAGUACUGAACUUUUGAUCAGGAAGUUGCCUUUCCAGAGGUUGGUACGUGAAACUGCUCAGAAUUUCAAAACAGAUCUUCGUUUCCAGAGUCAUGCUGUUCUUGCUCUUCAAGAGGCUGCUGAAGCUUACCUAGUUGGAUUGUUCGAGGAUACGAACUUGUGUGCCAUCCAUGCUAAGAGAGUUACCAUCAUGCCUAAAGAUGUUCAAUUAGCAAAGCGUAUUCGUGGUGAAAGGGCUUAA